UUGUCGUGCACCGGGUACAACACGAGGAGGAAUCAACAGAUGAUGCAAUAAGCAAGAAAUAUACAAGAUUUUUGGUAUAAAAUUGUGCGAUUUUGUUAUCUGACAUUGUUUAAAGAAAGCCAAAUUACACAGAAAAACAUGGAGGGCGUGGAACAAGCAACGCAGCAGUUAAAAAUUGGUGAGAUUUACACCUCAGAAACAACAGGAAAUGAUGACACCGGUGAGGGCACAAAGGAAAAACCCUUUAAGACUAUUCUUAGAGCCAUGAAACACGCAGGACAGGAGCCAUUUCCUCCCAUCUAUGUAGACAGUAAGAAGGAAAAUGAGAAAUAUGAAGUCGCCUCAAAGUCACAACUGAAGAAGAUUACCAAACAGUUUGUGCGAGACCAGCAUAAAAAGGCGGACAUGACAGCCAGAGAGGCAGAAGAUGCUGAGAGGAGAGAAAAAAACUUAGAGGAGGCGAAAAAGAUUGUGAUAGAACUGGACAAGUCAUUGCCAGCCCCUCAGCAGAUUAAGAUUCGUCAUGCUGUUCAGACGAGGGAUGUUAGAGUCAAGAUUUUUGGUUGGGUGCACAGGCUUCGUCGUCAAGGAAAGAAUCUCAUGUUUAUAGUUUUACGCGAUGGAACUGGUUUCUUGCAGUGCGUUCUCUCGGAUAAGCUGUGUCAGACUUAUGAUGCUCUACUGCUGUCAACAGAAGCAGCCAUUUGUGUUUAUGGUGUCAUCAAACAGUUGCCAGAAGGGAAAGUGGCUCCUGAUGGACAUGAGCUGACUGCAGACUUCUGGGAACUGAUAGGUCCCUCCCCACCAGGGGGCGCUGACACCAUCCUCAACGAGGAGGCUCAUGUUGAUGUGCAAUUAGACAACCGACAUAUGAUGAUUCGAGGAGAAAACACCUCAAAGGUGAUGAAGAUGAGGUCUAUCAUAAUGCAGGCCUUUAGGGAUCAUUUUAUUAACCGAGGAUACUAUGAGGUGACACCACCUACUCUUGUACAAACACAGGUGGAGGGAGGAUCUACGUUAUUUAAGCUGAACUACUUUGGGGAGGAGGCUUACUUAACCCAGUCCUCUCAGCUGUACCUGGAGACGUGUAUCCCUUCAAUGGGAGACGUGUUCUCUAUAGCUCAGUCUUAUCGAGCCGAACAGUCACGGACCAGGAGACAUUUAGCAGAGUACACCCAUAUAGAGGCUGAGUGUCCAUUCAUCAGUUUUGAGGACUUACUGAACAAAUUAGAGGACCUUGUGUGUGAUGUAGUGGACAGGGUCCUGAACGGCCCGUAUGGAAACAUCGUGAAGGAACUCAACCCUGACUUUAAACCUCCAAAGAGGCCUUUUAGACGACUGGAAUACAAAGAUGCCAUUACAUAUCUAAAGGAACAUGACAUUAAAAAAGAUGACGGGACGUUUUAUGAAUUUGGAGAGGACAUUCCAGAGGCUCCAGAGAGAAAAAUGACAGACCAAAUCAAUGAGCCAAUCCUUCUGUGUAAAUUUCCCGCUGAGAUUAAGUCGUUCUACAUGCAGAGGUGUGCUGAUGACCCAAGGCUCACAGAAUCAGUUGAUGUCUUGAUGCCCAAUGUCGGGGAGAUUGUGGGAGGGUCUAUGAGGAUCUGGCAUCACGAAGAAUUGAUGGAGGGAUUUAAACGGGAAGGAAUUGAUCCUACCAACUAUUAUUGGUACACAGACCAGAGGAAGUAUGGAAGCUGUCCCCAUGGAGGAUAUGGUUUGGGGCUUGAGAGGUUCAUGUGCUGGUUACUGGACCGUUACCACAUCCGAGAGGUCACACUGUACCCUCGCUUUAUGGAGCGAUGCAAGCCAUGAUCAUAGUGAUAAAAUAAGACAUAAUUUAUCAUACAAUUUUACCCCUCCCCUGGACUUCUGUGACACUACUUAUUUAAUGUGCAUUAAUAAAUUCAUUAUUGUAUGAGG